UAAUCGGCGUCCUGCACUAUAAAUUGGAGCUAAGAUCAAGCUGAUUCAAAACACACAAGACGAAGAUCUCGAUUAGAUUUGAGUUAGUUUGCGAUGGCUUUCCACAGCUCUGCGUUUUUUCUGUUUUUGUUGAUUGCAUUUCCAUUACUCUCCCAUGCUGAAAUUUCAGAGGAGGUGACUCAAAAGAUCAAGCGUAUCAAUGCCAAGGGCGAGUAUUACGGGCUGGUGGUUUCCGGUGAGGCAGAACUCAAAGUCGUUCUGGCUCAGGGAUGGUUCCAUCCUGACCAGGACUUGCCUACUGUAGAUAUCUCUGCUCGAAGGUUCCGUGUGGGAGAUGUUCAAGGCUGCAGGACUAUUCUCGCCAUGACCGGAAGUGGAUCGGUUAAUGCAGCGCAGACGACACAGUUGCUGCUGACCCACUUUCGUGUGAAGGGAGUAAUUCACUAUGGAAGAGCUGCGAGUGCAAGACCCAACGAUCUGAGUAUUGGUGACAUUGCUAUUCCCCAUCAAUUCGCACACACUGGCGUCUGGUAUUGGGAGAAAUUUGGAGGUGACGAGGGAAGCUUCACUCGCGAAAUCGCAAACCUGACGUUUUCGAAAUAUAAUGUUGGAGAAAAGAGAGUUAACAAUAAGCUGCAGAGCGUAUUUUUCCAGCCAGAAACUCUCUAUUCGGUGAAAGGAACGCCUGAGGUGGGAACCGCCAAAUUUUGGUUUCGUGUGGAUGACAAAUUGUUUGCCACCGCACAGGAGAUUGAGGAUACACUUUUGGACAGGUGCGUGGGGAAAUCGCUGAUAUGUUUGGAACAGCAGCCAAAGAUCAAGAGGGUUGAAAAGGGCGGCAGUGCCAACUUUUAUGUGAAUAACGAAGCUUACAGAGAUUUCCUUAAAACCCAGCUGAAUAUCGCCUCCCUUGACACUGAGAGUGCAGCAAUAGCAAUGGUUUGCGAGGGCGAGAGGAAAGCAUUCCUGGCAAUGAGAUCGAUAACAAAUUACGCAGGAGGAUCUUCUGCAGGAAACGAUGCAUCUGUGAUACAGCAGUUGUGGUAUUUCCAUGCUCGUGCGGCAAUCGUUGCACUUUUCAAGAAACUGGCAGUAGGGGAUUCCUACCUCGAAUCUGUUACCGUUAGUGAAAUCUGGUAAAUGGAAUAUCAAGUUGUAUGGUAACUAUGUAUCUGCGUAUGUGUGUGCUUUAAGCUGCUGCUUCAGCUUCAGAAUCAGCUUACUACUAUGUAUAUUUGCUUAGUCUAAAUAAAUCGCAGUUUGAAAUUUUAAAAUAA